AUCCCAGUGACUGCUCUGAUGUAAAUGUUGGAGUACGUGUUUCAUACUUGCUGUGGUCAGUACCUCUCUGCCGUCAGGGAGGAGCCAGUGCCCCUCUUCAUCCUCCUGAGCGCCAAGGCUCUGGAUUUCCUGCUUCUCUUCUGGGGUAAGAGAAGGUGGAGGCAUUGGAGGUGGAAAUGCCAGAAUUAGCACCAUCAUCUUCUCCAUACUUACAGAUUCCUCUUCUUCAGCCCGUUGUGCUUCCUCCCUGUGCUCCUAAAUAAUUUAACAAACUGAUAGUGACUUGGACAAGGUCACUCUCUUCCCACCCUGCCACAAGAAGAUCAUCUACAUAUUGUAAGCCUUUUAACAGUAAGAAAUUUAUCCCAGAAUGUUCACACAAUUCUUACAUACCCAAGUAGAUGUUCCAUAAAUUGAAUAUCAUACCAAUCAUUUUGCUUUUAAAAUACCCAAUACACAGAAAAAUCCCAAACUACACAUUGUCCAUAACAAAAAACAUUUUCAAAAGGACAAAGGCAAAAACUAUUAUUCUUGGAGUCCCUUUAAAUAAUUGGCAUCAUUCACAUAAACAAAUCUGAAAAGUUCUUUAAACCAUCAAUUAAACUUUUUGAAAUAACCCUUUCAAACUAUGGAUUGCAUUUAUGAUCAUAUUCCUUAAACAAGAAAAUAUAAAACAUAUUUGUUCUAAAGAAACACAUAUUCAAUCAAUUAACAUCUUGUAAGAGCAGCCUAUCCCUUUAAAUCACAGUUUGCUGCACCAGCAAACAACAAACAAAAAUGGCUGGAACACACUUUGGAAGGGGGGAAGGGCAGCCAUGUGGAAUCCUUCUCCCCCCACCCCCUUCUUCUUACUAUUUCCAAAUACCUUUUUCUCUUGCUAAAAUCAUCCAAACCUUUAAUUGCUCCUACAAGUCAAUCCUUCAUAAAUCUUCUGCAUUCUCCUCUCCUUUUCCCUUCAAAACUUAUAGUGAACAGCUAAAUAACUCCACAAAACCCACAUGUCCAGCUGAGCUGGAUUUAAAGUAUAACUUAUAAUGUUACAAAUUACCCAAAGUAACUAUCAAAGUUUCAGAAGGUAACAAACUCUAAACCAAACUAAAUACAGCUUUUUUUUCUUCUGCCUAAGUGUUCUUCCCAAAGCUCUGUCUCUCUCUUAUCUGUCCAGGCAGAGCUUUUAUGGCCCAGCCCAGGCUAAGUUUGAAUUUUAUUGUUGUUUUCCUUCUUUCUAACUAGAGCAGGUUGCUUUUUUUUUUUUUUUUUUUUUAGAAGCAUGCCUAGUUUUCCCACAGGUCCAACAAGUUAGAGGACCCCCAUGUUUGGCUAUUUACCCCUCUUACUCUAUUUUUAUUCCACCCUUCCAAUAUCUGCAAUUUCUGGCCAUGCAUUGGAGAUGUCAUCUGUCACUUGUUUAAUUUAUUAAACAUGCUACCAUUGUGUUAAGUUUCCAAUUUUAACACACAUAUCUAUUUAAAAUUAUUUAAAAAUUAACCAGUACUUUCGUUGAUGAAAUUUCCUAAAAUCUACCUAGAUAUUCCAUUCAAACUUCUUUUCUUUAGUAAGCCAGGAAAAAGCACCAAUUUUUUUCUGGCAGAAUCCCACAAGCCUGAGUUCUGAUAACAAAGUUACAGGCUCUUACUUAUAGUAGUUUCUAAAGUGCUAAAGUGAUAGCACACUGCUCUGUUUUCUCAAAACUUUCCAAACUUUCAAAUCCCUUUCAAUUUAUGUUUUUAUUUUCACCAUUCUCUUCCCCUUUCCCGCUAAGCUAUUGCAGUCAGCCAGAGGCAGAGAGAGAGAAAGAGAAAAAGAUUUUCUUUUUUUGCACUAUCCUAAUGUUGAGAAUCCCAAAAUUAGCUCCCAAAUUACCUUAUCAUGAUCAAAGAUCAAUACAUUUUGACCCACUCUGAAAGAAUUACUACUCUGAAUGAAUUCCAAUUCCAACAAUUCAGCCUGAUAUUUUUCUAAGCCUGAAACACAGAAGCUGAAUUCUUGUCUCUUACAAGUUUGCUAACUUUUAACACAGAACACAAAAUGCAAAGCAAACAUACACACACACACAAACACACAUAACCCUAUUUUCAUCUUUUACAUACAGAUUUAAGUCUGAUAUACCCAAAUAUAUAUACACCCAAAAACAGCAUCCUUCCAGUUUUCUUCCCCUUUAUCUGGGAAGUUCACCCCAGUCUUUAAGUCGAUUCCCAAGAGGGCUAUCGACUUGAAUUCCCUGGCUAAUGUCCUGACACAAAUUCUUAGACUGCUUCUAUCCCAUUUUACAAUCUAGUACCCUCACGCCGGCAGCCACCAGAGAGCUUCCUCAGGAAAGUCCUUUAUCAUUGAGGUCGAAAGCAGUCCAUACCAAAAACAAAUUUAGGAGGGCUAAUCCCUUGGGGUCUCUCUCAACCCAGACAAUGGACCCCCAGACUCCCGAGAGCUUACAUUUAGUUUACACAUGUAAUCUCUUUCAGACUGCGCUGCUGGCCAUCAGGACUCAUUCCCUUCAGGCUUCAAUUCUGCUUUCCCCUGAGUACCUCUGCCUUGGGUUGUUGUCUAAGAGGGGAGGGAGGCUGCACACCCAGAGCCAGAGACCACAGAGAAAAUUACUCCAUGGGUGCACCUGUCCCUGUUUAGGGUGUACAGCCAUCUCCCCCAAAGACCCUAUCCCAGAUGAGCCCCUAAAGCCCCCAACUGUGUGGGACAUUAAAAGAUCCUUAGCCAAAAUGACUACUCAGAGAUCACUCAAAGUAGAAGGCAGAUUGUUUAUUAUACCAUCUCAUGGGAAGUGGGGCAGUCCCACCAAGAAAUAAAGAAACUCACAGUAGGAGGCCCAUUCCCUUGAGAGUAUAUGGAGUUUUUAUACAUUUCAGACAAAGAACCCCAGAAAUCCCACCCUUGACAUAUUACUAUUAGUUACAUAAGUCUUUAUCCCCUUAUUUGGCUAGUAGAAUGCAAUAAAUGAGAUAAUGGUAUAGCUCCAUUGGCCACAUAUACUUUUAAUUCCUUCUUUGGACAAUGGAAUGUAUUCCAGACUUUAUCUAAAAUCACGUGAGACUGGAGAAGCCGAAACUGAGGCCUCAAAGCUUCAACUACUUUAACAGUUACUGAUCAAUAUGUGCUUGAUCUGUAAGUUCUUCACCUUUCCCACACACUUGGAACUGAUUUGGAUUCUCUCAUUGCUGAAGAGAGCCACAUCCAUCAGAAUUGAUCAUCAUGUAAUAUUGUUUUUGGAGUAUAUAAUGAUCUCCUGGUCCUGCUCAUUUCACUCAGCAUCAGUUCAUGUAAGUCUCUCCAAGUCUCUCCAGCCAUCCUGCUGGUCAUUUCUUACAGAACAAUAAUAUUCCAUAACAUUCAUAUCCCACAAUUUACUCAGCCAUUCUCCAAUUGAUGGGCAUCUCUUCAAUUUCCAGUUUCUAGCCACUACAAAAAGGGCUGCAACACACAUUUUUGCACAUAUAUCACCUCCUCUUUUUGCCAGUGCUGCUGUUCCAGGAUUUGUUUCAGGACAAUAUUAUGUGGCUGUUUGGAGGUGAACAUGGGAAAGUUACAAUGAUGUACUGCUUUUUUUGCUAUCUUCUCAAUGACAUUUUAAUCUGAUUCUAGUCCCACUUAGAAAGCUAAAGUUUAACAGUUCUGUACCAGAGCUGCUUCUUGUUCAGGAAUGUGUUGAAUGAGGCCAUUUCUGAGAUACCUUCAAAUUCAGAUUCUGUGAACUGGGAAAGCUGGUAAGGAAGACUAGUCUGCAGGAAAGAUGAUGAGCCCAACUGAGUGAGGUAAUCAAGAAAUUAAAUUUAACAUAAAAUUGGAUUUCAGGUGAGAUGCUAAAGUAGAAGAUGCAUGUGAUAGACGUGGAAAUUUUAAGCUGUUAAAGCUACAAGAGUCCCUGAAAUAAUGACUAGAGAAACAGAAGAUCAAGGUUUUGAUGUAUGCUCACUUAUCCUAGGUCUGUGUAAAAGCACCCACGAGAAUUGAUCUGUGAGGUAAAGUGCUAUGCAAGCCAAGGAAAAAGUGUCUAAAAAUGUUGAUAAUACCAGUGCUAUAGAGAAAGAAUGAGAUGAGAGUUCUGAAGUUAAGCACUGAGAAAGUGCCAAUAGAUUUAACUAGUAGCCACAAAGCUGAGAGAUAGCUCUGUUUUCUUUGUGCCUGUCCCUGCCCAUCCAGAAACUAUAUAAUGUUAAAUUGGGAAGAUAGAGCAAUCACAACCUGCUUAUUAUUAUAUUCUCCAUUUUAUAGAUGUGGAAACUGAGGCACAGAGGAGAGAAGGAACUUGCCUCUGAUACACCAUGCUAUCUCUCAGCUUUGUGGUGAAUUAUAAGUACCUACCCCCACACAGUUAUGGUGAAAAUCCAGUGAGAUGAUGGUAUACGUUUAAAUAAAGCCCUAUGCCAAAAUUAUCACAGUGGUAGUUUACAUUAAGAUUUACAAAGUUCUUUUCCUGUACCUAUGAGGUAUGUGUUUGUAGAUAUUCUCAUUUUACAGAAGAGGAAACUGGGGCUCUUGUGAGGGGCAGGGCACUUAGGAACCCUCUCUGGCACCUCUCUGAGGAGCCUGUGUCCUUCCCUCAGCCUAUGGGAUAUUAGAUCCCAUCCUUAAAGGGCCAAAAGAAGUAUAGUCCUCUCCAGAGUUGGCAGCAGUGAAUUCCUAGCAAACAAGAUGGGAAGAGAAGAGGCAGCCUCCAUGCCUUCAACAUGCUGAAAUUGGAGGUCACUGUUUCAGAAGGGGUGUGUCAGCCUUCCAGCUUUCAUCUGUCUGGGCAGGCAGGCAGGUAUGUGGAGAGAUGGGAAGGAUGGCUGUUACUGCACUUAAUUUCAUUAGCAGAAUCUAGUAGCAGCCAGUCCAGGUCCCUCCAAGAAUCUGCAUUCUUUUUCAUUCCAUUCAUUCACUGAUUCACACUCAGCAAACAUUUAAGCAUAUGCUUGUAUAGUGUACAAGGAUUGGUUUGGGGGGAGACAGAUUUUGGAAAAGUUUCCCUUGCUAUGCCUAUUGAUGAUCUUCAGAUUAUUAGAAUAAUAACUGACAUUUGUUUAAACUCAGACAUUUUCCUUUUCAACCUCACAGCAAGCAGGCCAACAAAGGUAAGUCCCAGAAUGAUACUAUCUCCAUUUCAGAGGUGAGGACAUUUAAGAAUCAGAGAGUCAGAGUACCUAAGAAUCCUCUCCAGUUUCAAUUCUACGAUCUUGGAGCCUUUGUUUGGAUUUCAGCCUUAUUAUCUUUUCUUCCUCUGCCUCCCACUCCCCCCAAAAAACCCUUCCUUCUUCCUUAUUUCCCUGUUAUUAUGGAAGAUAUCACUUUUCUCAGUCAUCUGGAGUCACAACCAAGAUCAAUGGUUCUCAAAGUAUGGUCUAGAGAAUCCUGGGGAUCUCUGAAACUCUUUUAGAAGGUCUACAAAUUCAAAAAUAGUUUAUUUUUCCAAUAUGGUAAAUGUCUAUAAAUAUAAUCCAUAUAAACAAAAAUGUUUUGGAGAGAUCCUCAAUAAUUUUUAAUAGGAUAAAGAUACUGAAAACAAAAGUUUGAGAACCACUGACUAAGAUGUUCCCUUGACUCCUUAGUCUCUUAAAUCCUGCUCUGUUACUAAUACCUACUGAUUUUACCUUCAAAACUUCUCCCCCUUCAUAACAUAUGCCCCCUUCCCUCCUGGGAUGGUGAUGCUGUCCUGAUGCAGCCCAUGCCUGGACUUCUGCUGGUGGUUCUCCCUGCCCCAUCUCUCCUGACUCCAGUUUAUCCUCUACUUUGCUGCCAAAAGUAUUCUUAAAAUGAAAGACUGACAGUGUCACUUUCCCUACCCUCAAUCAACUCUAUUACCUCCAUUGUUGACUAUAAAAUCCUUUGUGGGACUUGUAAAGCCCUUCAUAUCCUGGUCCUUUGAUAAGUUUCCAUCAUCUUAUAUCUUGUACCCUCCACAUAACCCUCCAGUUUAGUGACACCGACAUCCUUGUUGUUCCUCAAUAAAAACAUUCCAUUUCCCAAAUCAGUGCGCAUGUUCUCCUCAUCUCUGUCUCCUGGUUUCUUUCAGUUCCAGCUAAUGUCCCACUGUCCACCGGAUGCCUUCCUCAACCCCCCUUCAUUCUAGCGCCUUCCCUCUGAGAAUUAUCUCCAAUCUCUCCUGCCUAUAGCUAGUUUAUACAUAGUUGUUUGCAUGUUGUCUCCCCUCCUUCGGAAUGAGAUAGUGUAUGCAAAGUAGUUUGUAAUUCUUGAAGUAAUCUAUAGAAAUCCACUACAGGUAUUAUUAGUAGUCCUGAUGGAACUCAAAACCUUUGCCCCCAAGUGAUCCUCUUGGCCCAGUGGCCAUCCUCAAAUGAUGGUACAUCACCUGCCAAGGUACCACUUAAAGCCUGGUGGAGACAGUAGACGGUGAUAAAUGACCUCUUUCCAGAAAUCGAUGCCAACUUGGCGCCUGACGCAUCACUGCACUAGGAAACAUGUUUUCUUUUCUGUUAAUAAUAGUCAUUAAGAGUUCUGUGCCCAACAUGUUCCCCCAGGGGGCCCUACUGCUUAGGCCAGAGACUCCAACUACUCACACACAUACACACACACACCCCACUCUGUUCUCUGCCCCCUCAGGUCCCUAACCUGGCCUGCCCUCUCUCCCAUCACUUCAGGGACAGAUCCAGCUUAACCCUAGGACUUCUGUUAACUGCUAACUUUACUCACUCUUUGUUCCUGGGUGGCUGCUUUACAUCUACUGUGUACAUUCUUUACUUCCUGUGGAGAUGUCUUUGAAGCCAGGGAUGAGUUUCAUUUAUCUCUCUGUCCCCUGAAGCCCACAACAUCAGGCCUGGUGCAUAGGCUCCCAGAUUCAUUCAACAAAUAGAAGUUGUAUGAUCACUUGUUGGGGGCUCUCUGAGCUUCUUUUUGGCUUGAAAUUCUAGAAUUUUGUGAAUCACUUAAGCAGCUUGUAAUCUGUGCAGAUGCUUGGAUUAGGCCCUAGAAUGGCAUGUUCUAUCAGAAAAAAGUCUUAUUCCUUGUUCUUGGGCAGUGAAUGAGCAAAGGAGUGCCCCAGCCUACCUCUACCCUAAAAAGUAGUUUGGAGGAUGAGAAAACAGGAGAUGUUACUGGAAAAGGACCAUCAGCUCCAAGUCUAAAAGGAAAAAAAGAGAAGGGUAAGUCCCUACAAUAGUUGGGGGUUAUUGAGGACAUGCUAUUUCUCUUUCCACACCCUGUGAACCCACUCUGAGCACUACCCAGCCACCAUCACUAUCACCUCUGUCACAGGCUGGAAAGGACAUCUUGUCCCUAACCAAGGCUUUUUAUAAAUUGGAAAUAGGAAGGAAAAGUGGUCAGUACAAGUAAAUGUAUUGAUAAAGAAUUUAAAGCCAUAGUUUUUGUUUUCUUCCUUUUCCCCCCUUUUUUCCUUCAAUUUUAUCUUUUUUUAAUUUUAUUUUUUAUUAUAGCUUUUUAUAUACAAUUUUUCCCCUUUUUAAUAAUUUUUCUUGUGCAGCAUGAUAAUUGUGGAAAUAUGUAUAGAAGAAUUGCACAUUUUUAACAUAAUAUUUGAUUACUUUCUAAGGAAGGGGGUAGGGAGAUGGGAGGGAGAAAAAAUUUGGAACACGUGGUUUUGCAAGGGUAAAUGUUGAAAACUGCAUAUAUUUUAAGAAUAAAAAGCUUUAAAAAAAUAAAAACAGGAACCCACCUCCUGAUAGAGAGGUGAUGGAUUCAAGAUGCCCCCCAAAAAAGAAUUAAAAGCUAGGAGGACAUUAAAAAUUAUCCAGUUUUACCUCCACUUUUUCUUUCAAUAGUAUUUCAUUUUUCUAAACACAUGUAAAAAUAGUUUUCAACAUUCAUUUUUGUAAAGCUUUGUAUUCUAAAUUUCUCCUUUCCUCUCAUUUCCCUCCUCAAGACAGCAAGUAAUCUGAUAUAGGUUCAAUAUGUGCAAUCCUUUUAAACAUAUUUCCAUAUUUGUUGUGUUGUACAAGAAAAAUCAGACCAAAAAGGAAAAACAAGAAAGAAAAAACAAAAAGGUGAAAAUACUAUGCUUCGAUCCAUACUCGGUAUCCAUAGUUUUCUCUCGGGAUGUGAUUAGCAUUUUCCAUCCCAAGUCUAUUGAAAUUGUCUUGAGUCACCUCAUUGUUGAGAAGAGCCAACGUCAUCACACUUGAUCAUCAUAUAUUGUUGUGUACAAUAUUCUCUUGGUCCUGCUCACUUCACUCAGUUCAUGUAAGUCUUUCCAGGCUUUUCUGAGAUCAGUGAAAUCAUGCCCUAUAGAACAAUAAUAUUCCAUUACUUUCACAUACUAUAACUUAUUCAGUCAUUUCUCACCUGAGGAACAUCCUCUCAUUUUCCAUUUCUUUGACUUACAAAAGGGAUACUACAAACAUUUUUGCACAUGUGGGUUCUUUUCCCUCUUUUUAUGGUCUCUUUGGACUACAGACUCAAUAGACACUCUGCUAGAUCAAAAUCUCCCCUUCCUAGAGGUGAAGGCUCAGGAAGUUUAAGUGAUUUGCCAAAAAUCACAUAGGUAAUGAGAGCAGAAUCAAAAUUUGAAACCAAGUGCAUUGCUUCUCUGUCCAGCCCUCUCCUAUCACUAGUCCAGGGACCUUGUCAGAGAUCACUCCAGAGACAUGCUGGAGAUACAUAAAGCACUGAAACCCACAUCUAGAGCUGUUCAUGUCUGACUCUGUGACCCCAUUUAGGGUCUUCUUGGCAAAGAUACCGAAGGAGUUGCCAGAUAAACACAUAAUCGUACUGAUAUACAUGUUUUACCCAUGGGCACAUACCUAUUCAGAUGUUAUAAUUGGCACAUGUUUUCACAUGCUUCUAUAGGCUGACACACAGAUACACCUGUACAUGUGUUUUCACAUCAAUACAGGUAGAAAUCAGGAUCUACAUGGUAUUACACAUACACUCAGGUAAGUACACACAUAGCUCAGGUGCUAGUACAUGUCCACAAGUUACCCUCAAUCUGACGCCUCUCUCUACCCCCUCUAAAUGCUGAUUGUGAGAUAAGGGCCUAAUGAAGCCCCUGCUAUCUCAGCUGUUCCAACAAGCACCUCAUUACCUCCCACAAUGUCUGCUUCUGUUUACUCAGUCCCUGCCCACAACAACCUCCCAACCCCCUCCUCUCUGCCCAGUCAAAUUUGAGAGGCAACAGGUGCGAGGUAAGAAUCCUGGGCAUAAAUUCAGACCACCCGGAUUCUCCCAUUCGGUGACUAUGAACAGAUCUCUCUUCCUCCUGGACUUCAGCUCCUGUGGUGUACAACAGGGAAAAUAACCCUAUCAAGUUUUCCCAGGAUUUUGGCUUGUGUCCCCAGAACCCAAUUCUAUCCAGUGCCUACCACGCCCAGACCUAUGCCUCUGUUCCCUGCUGUCCAUCUUCCUUGGGCUCUAGAGGUGGGGAUCUUCUAAAUUGGAGUGGAGUCUGGGCAGGGAAGCCCCCUGCUAGGGCAGGCACAGCCUGAAUCUGGCUAAAGAACAAAAAAUCACCCACUGUGUCCCCCUUCCCAGCUCAGGAAGGCCCUGUCCCAGGCUGGUCUAGAAUGUAGAAUAUAUACUAGAAUAAGGACUUGACUGAGAAUUGGAGCUCUGAUCCCAUCAAGGUUUCUUGCCCCCGAGCCUGGACUCUGCUAGAAGCAACCAGGCUCAAAGUUGAGCAAGGAGAAGGAGAAGAGGUAAUUCGAUAGGAGUGUCCCUGUGUGUCUACGUGUCAGACAUAUAUGUGUCCCAUGCAAGCCCUGGGCAUGGGGGGUCAUCUGAGCCAUCCAAGAGAGGACAGAACAAGUGCCCAGAGACUGUUACCGAGGCUGGGUAGGGCCGAGGAGGGGACCCCUGGCCCUUGCCAAUCCGCUCAGUGAGGUUUGGGCGAGUCCUGACAGUGGCGGGUGGGGCUGAUCUGACAGGUUCUCCCCAAGUGGCCUGGGGGCACUAAGGGUGGAGCCUGGCACAGACUUAGGGUGGCGGCAUGGGCCUGGCUCCCCCACAGUGAGGGUGAGACCAAGGCUCUUACCUCUCACAUCUUCCUCUGUGGUUGUUCAGCCAGAGGAAGCAAGCCUUGGCCAUGGGCAAGCCAAAACCCAAGGCUGGGGCUUUGGGGCUAAGAGUACAAUUUGGAUAGGUCGGGGUUCUGGGAGUGUCUCGAGAUCAUGUUUGGAGGCUCUGGAGCCCUUCGGGGCAGGGUAGAGGAGCUCAAGCGGCCCUGGUGGCGAGAAGCCCUUCCCCUAGUGCUGAAGCACAGCGAAGCUGCCCGGCUGGCAGCCGAUGCCCUCCUGGAACAUGGUGAGGCCGCCUACCUGCGAGUCAUUGCUGAGGAGCGUGAGCUGCCCUUCCUUUCUGCCCUGGACCUUGACUACAUGACCCAUCACGUUCGUGGAGGUCCCGAGAUAGGGGACAGGGGUGAAAGUGGAGAUAAAGAUGGCAGGGCAGGCCCCCAGACCUCUGGCACGGCUGAUGGGCUCAGCCUCAUCUCACAGGCCACCUCUGGCACCUACUUCCCAGCAGCGACAGAUGCUGAACCACCUGCCCUGGACCUGGGCUGGCCCGAGGUACCCCAGGCCACAGGCUUUAGCCCCACACAAGCUGUUGUCCACUUCCAGAGGGACAAGGCCAAGAACAUCAAAGACUUGCUACGCUUCCUCUUCAGCCAAGCCCGAACGGCUGUGGCUGUGGUAAUGGAUGUGUUCACAGACAUGGAGCUGCUCUGUGAUUUGAUGGAGGCUUCAGGCCGCCGGGCUGUGCCUGUUUACCUGCUGCUGGCUCAGGACAACUUGCAUCACUUCCUGGAAAUGUGCUACAAGAUGGAUCUCACGGGGGGCCAUCUGCCGAACAUGCGUGUGCGGAGCAUUUGCGGGGACACCUACUGCAGCAAGGCAGGAAGACGCUUCACUGGGCAGGCGCUGGAAAAAUUCGUCAUCAUCGACUGUGAGCAAGUGGUGGCCGGGAGCUACAGCUUCACGUGGCUCUGCAGCCAGGUUCACACCAGCCUUGUGCUACAGCUUCGGGGCCGCAUUGUGGAGGACUUCGACCGGGAGUUCCGCUGCAUGUUUGCCGAGUCUCAGGCUGUGGAAGGCUUCUCUGGGGGCGAGGAGGAUAUCUUGGCUCCUCGGCCCCCCCGCCCACCCCCACCUGCCCUGGUUUUUGAGUCAGGCCUCCCGAGCUCACCAUCUACCUCACCAAUUGGCCCUAGCCUUGGCAGUGUCAAAUGUUCCCCCCUUACCAGCUCUUCCUACUGUGGGCUACCUGGAGGUGGUGGCGUUGGCUUCAAUGGCCUUGUGGCCUCUGGUUCCCCUGGCGCUGGCCGGCGCCAAGCCAGCGGCCCCUUUCCCCUGCACCGGCGAUUGUCAGACCCCAACCACAGCCCAGCCACAGCCUAUCGACCCAGCCUGGGCACACUGGGGACAGCUCCGUGGGCUCAGUCAUCGCCAGCUCUCAAUCAGGAAGGACUGGGCUUGGGGCUUGGGCCAGGACUAGGACCAGUAGUAACAGGACCAGGGCUAGGGAGCCCUCUUUUUUCUCGUCAGCUUCACCUUGUGCCCCUCCCUCGACUUCCAGAGAAUGGAUUUGCCCAUAGCCAGGAGCCCAACUUAGCCAGGGGCCUCUGUGGAAUGCCUACACCAGCCGCAGAAGCAAAUCAGAAGCCAUCCCCGGAGAGGAAGCCAUCCCCCCCCAGCCACAACUAUGGACGACUCGACCUCCUCCCCAGGGGUUCUCAGACACCCGGUUCUGGGAACACAGGCUCUGGGGACCAUGCCAAGAUCAGAGAGCAGUCUGUAGAUCAGAGGCGGGCAACUCUGGGCCAACUGGACCUUGUGGCUAAAUAUGGUCCAUUCCGGAUGGAGGGGGCAGGACCAAUUAGGAUCUCUACUCCAGAUGCCAUGGGCAGGGCCAAAGUGGUCUCUGAAGAGGAGAAGCGGCUGACCCUGGGCCACAGCAAGUUGGAUCUCAUCACCAAAUAUCACAGGCUACAGGGGAUAAAAAGAAGCCCCGAUCCAAGUGUUCCUGGCAUCCCCAGUGUCCCUAGCCCACGGGAUUCUGUUGUUUCUGGUGUACCUAUUGUUCCUAACCCACAAGAGCCCAGUGUCUCCAGUGUUCCUGUCCCAAGAGCAUCCUGUGUCCCUGCUGGUACCCGUAAUCAUACUCCUGGGGAUGAGAAACGUCUGACUCUGGGUCACAGCAAGCUAGAUCUCAUCACUAAAUACAACAAGUCCAAGUUCAGACUAAUUCGAAGCCGCUUUGAGACCUAAGAUCCUUUUGUCUGCCCUUCAGGCCCAGGCUUUACAGGAAACCCUUCUGGUUAAUCCCAAUUUAUUGCUGUCUGACUUGUCACAGGCCCAAGGGUUAGAACUAGAGGCACGAGGGACAGCUAGGUGGCACAGUGGAUAGAGCACCAGCUCUGAAGUCAGGAGGAGCUGAAGUUUCAGACACUUAACACUUCCUAGCUGUGUGACCCUGGGCAAGUCACUUAACCCAAUUGCCUCAGCAAAAAAAUAAAAAUAAAAAAGAACAAGGGUCAAAUGUCAGCAGAGGCCAGGGCUACUACUACUCCCUCAACUCUAUUGGAACAUAAUAUCCCAGACUCCUAACCACUUCACCUAAAAUUCCAACCUGAUCCCAACCCUACUAACUACAACCUCAUUUCUGACCUAUUGAUCCUGCUCACUGAUCCUUCCUCACAUCCUCACCCCACUAUGCACUGACAUCCAGUCUCAUUGAACUCCAUCCCACUUCUGACCAAAAAAACCCUGAUUUGUGACCCCAGUGCACACAGGCCAACUGGUAUUUAGUGAUCCUGUUGUGCAUAUGAACUAUGUGGGGGGGCUAGGAUUGUCCUAAGGCAAGUGAGUGGACUCUGUCCUUAAUGUGGUCCUAUUCAAAAAAGGCUUUAUUACCCUCUGAGGUCCCUGAUCCAGAAGCAGCUGAGGACACCUAUUCUGCAGGAUGGGAGUCUGGAAAGUCAGUUGCCAGAUUGUCAUACCAGCCUCCUGGGGCUGCUACUAGAAGGAAGGGAGGGACCAGGAAAGGGAAAGAGUCUUGUUUGAUAGGGGAAGAUACUUCAAGCCAAGGAGACGUCCACCACAGGGAUCCAGAAACAGGUCAGUCCUGCCCCGACAAACACAGAAUACAGGCAGAUGUCCUCCUCCCAGUCACAUAGGACAACCCUUUCCCUGGCCACAUUGUGUGGUUCAGAAAUGGUGAGGGGUCACCAUUUAAUAAAAAAAAAAGCUGGAGAGAUCUCUAGAAGCAAAGUUUAUUAUAUAUUCUCAGGAGAAGGGCGUCCCACCCAUCGAGCAAACAAUCAAAGGGAGGAAGCACCGUAGGGGGCAGGGUCAACACUUUUAAUCCCUAAAGCAAAUAUCCUCUCGAACCACUGACCCCCAUCCUUAUUGGCUGAGGAUCUUACAUUCUAAACCUGGGAACUACCCAAGAAAUUGAACUUGACCAAUAUGUACAUAGUUGCCCAUAUCUGACUGAAAUGGGGAGACACUGAUGUCAUGGGAGGAUAAAAGUCAGGGGAACUUAUGUAUGCCCUUGACUCAAGGCUCAAAGUCCCUCAGGCCUACUCAGCUCUGAAGUAGAUGAAGCCUUACUCGAUUUUCCCAACUGUCUUCAAAGAUCUCACCUCAUCUCCUCCAACAUCAGUGUCCAGCCACAUUGGGAAAUUACCCUAAAUAAACUUAAGAGGCUCUGACCAAC